AUGUCAUCGCAUGAGUAUAUUUUCAAGUAUAUUAUUAUUGGUGAUAUGGGUGUAGGCAAGAGCUGCCUUUUGCACCAAUUUACGGAACAAAAAUUCCAAUCAGACUGUCCUCAUACUAUCGGUGUAGAAUUCGGUACCCGUGUUAUUGAAGUUGAAGGAAAAAGCAUUAAAUUACAAAUAUGGGAUACAGCCGGCCAGGAACGAUUCAGAGCCGUGACGAGAUCAUAUUACAGAGGCGCAGCAGGUGCUCUCAUGGUCUACGACAUUACCCGUCGUAACACUUUUCAUCAUUUAGCCAGUUGGCUAACAGAUGCUCGUAAUUUGACAAACCCACACACAAUUAUUGUUUUAAUUGGAAACAAAUCGGAUUUGGAAGAUCAAAGACAAGUCAGUUUUGAAGAGGCUUCUCGUUUUGCUAAAGAAAAUGGACUCGUUUAUGUUGAAACCAGCGCAAAGACUGGUGAAAAUGUCACUAAAGCAUUUAUGGAAACUGCUAGUAGAAUUUAUAAGAAUAUUGUUGACGGAGUUUUGGAUCCUAACAGUGUGGAGUCAGGAAUACAAUACACAAAAACACUCAUUGACAAUGAUACUCAGGGAGGUAGUGGUGGUAACAACAAGCCAUCCGGUGGAGGAUGCCCAUGUUAA